AUGGCGCAAAACAUCCCCCAAACCGUCCGCCAGUGGAACAUCAACGGCCAGGGCAGUUUCGACAACCUCCAGUUCUCCGAGCAGCCAGUCCAGGCGCCCGGCGACCAUGAAGUCUUGGUCAAGAUCCAAGGCGCAUCUCUCAACAAUCCCCCUCCACUAACGAUUAUCCCGCAGUACCGCACCGUCCUCUCCGUCGGAAAGCACGUCACCCGCUUCAAGCCCGGCGACAAAGUCAUCACCCUCUUCAACCAGGGCCACCUCGGCGGCUCCCUAGACAACCUCUCCGUGCAAACCGGUCUCGGCGGCGUGCUCGACGGCACCCUGCGCACCGUCGGCGCCUUCAACGAGAACGGCCUCGUGCCCAUGCCGUCCAACCUCAACUUCAUCGAAGCCGCCUCGCUCACCUGCGCCGGCCUCACCGCGUGGAACGCCCUCUUCGGCGGCACAGGCGGCGUGAGCAUCUUUGCCGUGCAGUUCGCCAAGGCCGCGGGCGCCCGCGUCAUCGCCACCACCAGCUCCGACGAGAAGGCCGAGCUCCUCCGCACGCUCGGAGCCGACCACAUCAUCAACUAUAGGGAAACCCCGCCUGGGGCGCCAAGGCCAAGGAGCUCACCGGAGGCGUGGGCCGUCCGCAUGGACGGUCCUGGGUUCCUCGAUGCGUUGACCCACAUCUGCCACGUCCGAGGCGUCCUUGUCGGCAACAGGGUGCAGAUGGAGGAGAUGUGCCGCGCCGUCGAGGCCAACCCGGAAAAACUUCGCCCGGUCAUCGACCCCAAGGUGUUCACGCUCGAUCAGCUGAAGGAGGCGUACGAGUACCAGUGGUCAGGAAAGCACCAAGGCAAGGUUGGUAUCAAGAUUGAGUGA